GCUAGCUUGAGGCUUACGGUUUAUUGUUGUAAAUAGAAUGGGAACUGUGAAACUGAGUUAACCAUAGGUUUAGGUGAAGGCUGCGCCGUACAUUGUGUCAUAAAGCGAACAUAUACGUACCGGAGUUCGACGGGACGAGAAGAGAGUAUCGUUGUACUGAGAAAAGACUACACAGUCGGCCAUAGUGGAAACUGAAGUGCUCUCUACUGAAAAGUAUACUAUUGUUAAGGUUACGUAGUGCAGAUAUUUCUUCAACGUGAUGUGACUGAACGUAGAAAAGACAGGCCAUAAAACGUGUUCCAGUGCGAUGGCAAUCCUGCGAUAAAUGGAUCAUCCGUGGGGCAUGUCAUUCAUUUGAUUAGGUGUCCAUUAGUAAGAUCAGCAGCGUGAAGGAACCACCGCACCAAGACAGGAUGGGUAAAACUACCAGCAAACUGGAUAAACGGCGCUCCCAGAGCAUUUCCUGGAGCUACAAAUUUGGUACGGCCAGCCGACGGAAGAAGCAUGCCGCCCUCGUUAUCACCUCGCUGCCCCACAUGGAGUUGGGCGAAUGGUUGCAGCGGCUCGACCUGGCCGAGUAUGGUGAUAAAUUCAGAUCGUUUAAUGGCGUGGAGGAGCUACUGUUUCUCGGCGAGGCGGACAUUAAAAAGCUCGGCAUCCGCAAUAACGCACACCGGGCCCGGAUCGUCAGUAGUUUGGUGGCGUUGCGAGAGAAACUCGUCCAAGAGUCGCACGUGAAGGCAGCGCAAAAGAAUGGAGCGGAUCCGUAUCAGAACAGGGCACAGAUGCGGCACAGUGUGGCAGUGGAUGGUGCUAGGAGUGUGAAAACGUACAGCACGGCAACCGAAAAUGAUAGCAUCUAUGAAUGUCUGACGCCGGCGAACACCAAGCAGAGUAAGAGCUGUGGCGAUCUGUUAGAUAUGGAAACGACACCGGACGGCGGAAAUGAAGCCGUUGCACUGAAGAAAGCGCUCGAGUGGGAGCUAUCGCUGGAUUCGCGCGAUCUACGAUCACACGCCUGGUACCAUGGGCCGAUUCCGCGGCAACGGGCGGAAGAGAUCGUCCAGCGGGAGGGGGACUUCCUGGUGCGGGACUGUGUGUCACAGCCGGGCAACUAUGUGCUCACGUGCAAAACGAAGGGACCGACGUUACACUUCGUGAUCAACAAGCUGCUGCUUCAACCGGAAACCGUAUACGAGCGUGUACAGUAUCAGUUCGAGGAUGAUGCCUACGAUACAGUUCCUGAUUUGAUUACCUUCUACGUAGGCUCGGGAAAAUCCAUAUCGGUCGCAUCGGGAGCAAGAAUUCAAUUUCCGUGCAACCGAACGUACCCGCUCUCGUUCUACGCCGGCAAGUGUCCACAGAAUGCGGCCGGUAUGGCGGGCAUACGGGGGCCCAGCCCACUCAACUCACCCUCACCGGUACCUUCGUCGCCGGGUUUUAGGUAUAAUCCGUACACGCAGCAAACCAGCACCUACCGCAGCCCGAUGUCAUCGCCACCGAGAACAAAGCGCGAAACACCGCCACGGUUGCCGAGCAAAAAGCAACGCUCCCAAUCGCUCACACCACUGCACGGUGGACAGAGUGGACAGCAGAAGUACAGCAGUGCGGACGGUGUCAUUAGCAGCAACAGCAGCAGCAACGGUGGAACGGAAGGUAAAUCAAACACGGCGAAGCCAUCGCGACUUGUGGAUAUGCCGGAAAAGUGCAACAGUGCUGAUGGAGUGAUACACGGCAACGAUGCCUCGGCGAGUAAUGGACGAUCGAUGCCGGGCGAGGAGAAGAGCUCGAGUGCGGACGGGGUAGUGGUAAAGUCCCAAACACUUACCCGUCCCAACUCGACCGAUCCGAACGGGUUGGGAUCGUUGAAAAGUAGCUCCCAAUCAUUGCCCCGCUCGGCUAGUCUACGGUCGUCCCAAGGGAAGCUAAGUUCGCGAGCGUCCAGCAUUAACAAGGAACCUAGCGAACACUCUCUGAGCCCAUGCAUCGAGCAGAGACAGUUCGCCGAGGAAGAGGAACACCAACAACCACCAAGUCCUCCGCCGAAACCGAUACGCGGCGGUGGCGGAACCCUACAACGGCGCGACUCCAUGAAGGACUCGGACACACAAUCCGUACAGGGCGGUGCUACUCACGGUGGCCGUGGUGGGAUGGGAUCGUACCAUCCGAGUGGUUCCGAUUCCGGCAAUGGUUCGGGUGAUUCGGCACAAAGUUCCGCCACCGGUGAGGAACUGGCCUUGCCUGCCCGCGGUGUUGGUGGGGUCGUACUAAGGAAUCCUCGCUUUAUACCCACCUCCCUGUCGUCGGUUACGUUACGCUCACAUGCAGAGAUUGAUCCCGUAGCAGCAGAAGAGGCCCUGAUGGCGAUGCAAUUACCCAGCUAUGAGCAGGUGUCGCGGUUUGAUCUGGAAAACUUCAACACACUGCUGCUGCCGUUCUGUGACUGUAAACCACUGGACAGUGGAACGCUCAACACCGUCCGGAUGAUGCUGUGCGAGUCUGGACCACGUGUCAUUGCGAACCAUCUGACGCGGGUUGACAUUGGAUUAAUAUUAGAGAAAGAUGAAACCCGAAAGGAUGAUCCACUGAGCUGUACCGGUUUGGAAUUGAUCACACUCGAGCAGGGCAAGCAGUACCGAUUGGAUUUGAUCGAACGCACCGAAUGCAUGAAGCUGCUCGUUGCUGUUACCAUCCUAACCUGCCAAAGUGAUCUGGAACGGGCGGAAACGCUCAACAAAUGGAUCCAGAUAGCGGUGGAAACGAAAACUGCCUUGGGUAAUCUGUUUGGGUUUAGUGCCAUCAUGUUGGGACUCUCGAUGCCGCAGAUUCAAAAGCUAGAACCCACCUGGCACACAUUGCGUCAAAAGUUCACCGAUAGUGCAUUCAACUUUGAGGCUAAGCUAAGGCCUACGCUUAACAGCAUGAACGACUGCUCGAAUCCACAGGCUCCGAACACGACCAUCCCACACAUACUGCCGUACGUACUGGUUAAGGAUCGCACAAUAAAUGAUGUCUUCGCAAACACAUCAAGCCCAUGUCCUUCGUUGAUUGCUUCAUGUGUCACACCGUGGGAAACCAUCACACAGGACUUUGGCUUUUCCGUACUGUUUGCUCACCUGGAUGCGGCACGCAGCGUCAUCAACAAUAUUUCACUCUACAAAAAGAACGCUCAAACGAUCAUGCAGGACACUAGCCGGUUGGAUCCCCUGAUGGAGGAUGCUUUCAAGACUGAAUUUCAGAUGAAAUUCCUGUGGGGUAGUAAGGGUGCACUAGUGCCAGCUGAGGAGCGUCACGCCAAAUUCGAACACGUGCUCACCGUAAUGGCGGAGAAGUUCUGCGGUGAUCCAUCGGCCGGUUAAGGUACGGAACUACUGAUGUGAAUAGUACACCCGCCAGGCCAGAAUGCUACAACGCAUCCAUCUCAGUUUUCAUCUCUAAUACUACUGCUACUACAACUACCACUACUACUACUACUACUAAUACUACUUCAUCGAUCCUGAUGCGUAACCUUUUGCUAUGGGAAUUGAGCAAACACACUUACACACCGUAGGUUACAAUAUUUUUUUGAUGUACAAAAAUUAACUACUAAAUAAAUUAGUAAAGAGCAAAACAAAAAGGGAUAAAAAGGAAACUUACACAAUAGAUAAAAAUGUAGCGACAUUCUAUUUCGAAUAAUACUCAAAUUGAUAGACAAUUUGCGAGAAAUGAUUUUGAAAUCAGAAGAAAAAUCCACAUCAAACCACGAAUCAAACAAUAAGGAUAUACAUUUGGCAUACAGCGGAAUAGAGGUGAACUAAAGCGAACUAAACUAAAUGGACAGAUAAAUGAACUUUGCUGCGACACAUUGUUGGGCUAAUUUGCAAACGACCAAAAAUCACAGCUUUUUUUUAAAUAUUGCUAAUUUAUUGCUGUUAUUUUAACAAACAGCAAGUAAAUAACGCAACAGUAUACUGCCAAAUGAAGCAACGAUCAAUACACGAACUAGCAAACACCGCAUUUCUUUAGAAGGCUCUGGUGGCAGGCAAAGACGACGGUUCAAGGGAUUCCAGUCCCAUACCGGGGCAUUAGCCGACUACACAGUAGGACCGACCGGACUAUUAGCGCAUAAUUCAGCAACAUAAGAACCUAGUAGAAGUUUAUAUCGAAUUGAAACAUUGAAAAGUGCAUCCCGGCACAGACCGAUGAACGGCAUCCGACUAUAAUAGCCGAUGUAUGUGUGUGGUGGUAGAAGAAAGAUUAGAUGAAAAGUUGUGUAAAAUCUAGUCAAAAUAUACCAAACCACGUUUACGAUACACAUUGAUUCAUAAUCGAAAAGAUAAAAGUGAGAUGGGGCAGGAGUUGCUUGAUUUUUCAUUUUGCGGAUAUUGUUUUUUUGUUUCAAGCCAAUUUGUAUUGUAUGGUGAGCGACUUUAUAAAGGCAAUGCAUACAAUUUUCUACCGCAGCAUUCUGAAAGCGCAUCAAUCGAUACAGUUUUAAGGGGAAGGAACAGGAGCGUACACAUUUUCUAAAACGAAAAGAAAGUAUAUUAAUAACAUUUUGUGAACAUUCUAUCGAUCAACUUUGGGGACGGGAUACGGUAUAAAAUGGACGUAAGAGAGCAGAAUCAAAUGUAUGUAUAUGAUGUACUAGAGUGAACCAUAACUAACUACUAUCAUUAUCUAUUCGAAGGCGUGCGGAGAAGGAAGCAUCAGGAACCAAUCACUUUACGUUUACGCACUAUACAAAUACAAGCAAUAUGUAAUAGUGGUAUAAAGCGCGGUUAGCGAUUCUUUUCCCUACAAGGCAUCUGGUUUAUAAAACCAUCACAGAAAUAUCAUAAUCUAUCAGCAAACAGAAAACCGAAACGAAUGCAGUCGGUACUGGAUCUUACAUACCGAAGAGUGUCAAGUUUACGUUUUCCUCAGGUGUAGCGUUUAGAUUGCAGAGAGAUGAUAAGAAUGUUCUACAAAAAAAAAACAUAUUUUACGUUUCGCACGAUUGUUACCAUAAAAAAACACACUUAAAGCUCAAGUUGAAUGUGUUAACAAACUAUCACCUAGAGUAUGUGUUUAACGUCAUCGUCAGCUACGUUUAUGUAUCCUUUAUUUUCCCUUUAUUGAACUUUGUGUUGUGGAACCGAAAGGACCCGAACCUAUUAAAAUCAAGAGAAAAUACACCGAGAUUUAUCAACCGGCAAGAAGGACGAAUAAUAUUUCAAUCUAGUGUUGAGGGCUAAAUGAACCGCCAGCACGAUUAAUACACAGAGGAAGGUUUAUCAACGGCAUAGGUGUUUGUAACUUGUUUGAUAAUAAUGUUUAGUGCAUGAACUAUAUACAUAAGGGGAAUCAAAAUAGAACAAAACACAAAAGGGAACCUAUGAUGAAAUCUUUUACAACCUAGGCCGCAUAAAACGAUGGGCGCAUUCAACCCUUGUACUUCCGCGAUAUGGUGCAGACUAAUGGCUAAGAGAGACGAGAUAUGGAUAUAUAGGCAUGAAUGAAUUUCAAACCGUUUGAGUUUCGCGUUUCACUAAAACCGGGCAAAUAGAAGAAUCGUCAAGAUUGAGGAGUGACUGGGGCUAAUCUGCCGCAAAUGGGUGGUAUGCAACUGAAAAGUAUUAUAUAUAUACAUAGUUAUGGAAACAAAGUACUUGUCAUGAUGAUAUGUUGUACAAAAUGCUCCAGUAUUGCAGGGUUUUUGGAGGUUAGAAUUAAAUACUAGCAUAUUACUUAUAUAGCCUCAUACUUAAGCUGAGGUAAACAGGCAUAAUAAGACCUAUCAAAUGGUAGGUGAACGUUAAAGUUGCAGAAGUAACGUGGUGGCAUUUCAUUCUGACCUUCUAACACCUUCAAUACUUCUAUUCAAGAAUGGUAAAGAAGAAAAGUUACGGCAAAUGGAACCUAAUGUAUGAAAAUAAAUUAUUUAAUGCGACUACACUACGUAU